UUGCCAAGUAAGGAGGUCUCUAAGACACCUGAUUACACUACAUGGAUAUGUUUAAGCAAGAUCUCUGGAUAUAUACAUUCUGCUCAUUGUACUUGUACUAAGUUGUACUGCAGGGUAAACUAUUCUGAGUUUUAAUUUAUUUUAAUUUUAAAUUUUAAACAUGGUAUGUUAUUGUGCUGUCUUCAUUAAAUUUUAUUGUUAUCAUUACUAUUUCUACUGGUAAAACUAAGGUUAUUUGGGAAUUUUUUUAACAAAGAAAAGUUUACAGUUAUGAUUAUGACUCUAUUCAGUUAACUUUUGUCUUUGUCCAUAAACACAGUUUCAGUGUUUAGGUUAUCACAUAAAUGUUUCAGUUUUAUGACAGUAAUUAUUUAAAAAAAAUUAUUUUCAGGGAAGGGGGAUCACGUAAUCACGUGGCUGCCGCUCUCUAGUAUGCUUCACACAUUUGUAAAAAGAAGAAGAAUGGUCGAACAGCAUGCACAUCCCAACCUUGCACAUGGAGUGUCCCAAAACGUAAAAGGCUAAUAAGCCCCAAAAAAAGUGACUGAGAGACCACUUCGGCCACUUACGCGAGUAAUUCUUACAUCCCCAAUUGUAAAUUUUUCUCGCCUGCGUCACAAGGUCUCCUUGCUGGAAUCUAAUUCAGGCUAUGUGUUAACAAAAGCACAGUCCCUGAGUUUCAAGAGAAAGCAUUUUUGUUGCCUGAUGUGGAAUACAAUAUUAAGGAUUCUACAGACCUGAAAACUAAAACUUGUACGGAUAUUUUUGAAAAGUAUGUGCUCAAUCUUCCCAGUUUCAACGUCACUCGGAUUGAAAGAGAAACUAGAGGACAGGCAAGCAAUCCCCUGUGGAGAGCUAUUCGCCAGGGUGGAUUAACAAGUUCAUGUUUUGGACAAAUAUACUAUAAGAGGGAUAAAACUGCAGUGGAUAAUAUUUUAAAAGAGGUAUUGGGCUACCGCUGUGUGCCUGAUGUGCCCGCAGUAAAAUGUGGAAGAUCACAUGAAGCUGUUACCAGAGUUGCUUAUGUUAAAAAUAUGCAAAAAGAGCACCCAGGUCUGCAAGUAGAGGAGUGUGGACUCUUUACGGACAAGAACAAUAGUUUUUUGGCUGCCAGUCCAGAUGGAGUUGUAAUUUGUUGUAAUCAUUGUUUUCCAUCUGUGGGCUUGGUGGAAAUCAAACGUCCCUUUACCCGCAGAGAUUUAACAGUGAAAGAGUCAUGUGAAAACAAAGCCUUCUUCUGUGCCAUAGAAAAUAAUAGUAUCAGACUUAAUCGUUCCCAUCACUAUUUCUGCCAAAUCCAAGGUCAGUCCGAUGGGCGUAACUGGCAAACCUUGGGUGGAUUUUGUUGUAUGGACAUUAAAAGAUCUACAUGUGGCAAAAGAUCUACACGUGGAAAGAAUCUAUUUUGUUGUCAUAUUUUGGUCACAUAUGCAGGACAAACUAAAGCAGUUCUUUCUUGAAGGUGUGGUACGUGAACUGUUUUCACGUCGAGUGCAAAGAGCCAAGUCUCUU